ACACUUUGUAUGUCCGGUUUUUAACCAACUGGCGCAAGUGAUCAAGUGUCUUUGCCGCAACGGCGUGGUUUAUUUAAUGCACGUCUUGUGAGCAAACGAACGAUAUGGAUGUCGGUGAGCUAUUGAAUUAUCAGCCGGACCGUGGUGCUAAACGGCCAAGGGAGGAUGAUGGAGAAAACGUGCGGACGAAAAUAAAAUCCAACCGUGAUGCGAGAAUUCAGCAGAUCAUACAUGACCCUGAAGCUGAUGAUCUGGAGAAUGAUAGGGACACUGCUCUUGAGAAAUUACUGGACCGUGAGGAGGACACAGAGGUUGAACCAGUGGACGAGAGUUCAGUGAAGAAAAUGAUUCUGACUUUCGAGAAGAGAUCAUACAAAAACCAAGAGCUAAGAAUCAAGUUCCCGGACAACCCUGAAAAGUUCAUGGAGACUGAACUGGAUUUGAAUGAUAUUCUUCAAGAAAUGCACGUCAUUGCUACCAUGCCUGAUCUUUAUCAUCUUCUUGUGGAGCUCAAUGCUAUUCAUUCCUUGUUGGGCCUCCUCAGUCAUGAGAACACCGAUAUUUCAAUUGCGGUUGUGGAUCUACUGCAAGAACUAACAGACAUUGAUACACUUCAGGAAGGUGAAGAAGGAGCUGAAAUCCUUAUUGAUGCUUUGCUUGAGGGCCAGGUUGUGGCUCUGCUUGUGCAGAAUAUGGAACGCCUCAAUGAGCAAGUAAAGGAGGAGGCAGAUGGUGUUUACAACACAUUAGCUAUUAUUGAGAACAUGGCAGAAUUCAGACCUGGCCUCUGCACAGAAGCAGCACAGCAGGGUCUAAUGCAGUGGCUUCUGAAGAGGAUCAAGGUUAAGAUGCCAUUUGAUGCAAACAAGCUUUAUUGCAGUGAAAUAUUGGCGAUUCUACUGCAAAACAAUGAUGGCACACGAGGACUGUUAGGAGAGUUGGAUGGGAUUGAUGUACUCCUUCAGCAACUCUCUGUUUUUAAACGACACAACCCAGUUACACCUGAGGAGCAGGAAAUGAUGGAGAACCUUUUUGAUGCACUCUGUUCCUGUCUUAUGUUGGGAGCAAAUCGGGACCGUUUCUUGAAGGGUGAAGGGCUUCAGCUCAUGAAUCUCAUGCUCAGGGAAAAGAAAAUGUCUCGGGCUGGUGCAUUGAAGGUUUUGGAUCAUAGCAUGAUAGGCCCUGAAGGACUCGACAACUGCCAUAAGUUUGUUGAUAUCCUGGGUUUGCGAACCAUCUUUCCCCUUUUCAUGAAAACACCAAAAAAGAUGAAGAAAGCUGGGAUAUCAGAAAAAGAACAUGAAGAACAUGUGUGCUCAAUCAUUGCUUCCAUGCUAAGGAAUUUGAAAGCCCAGCAGAGAGCAAGGCUCCUUAGCAAAUUCACUGAGACUGACUGUGAAAAAGUUGACAGAUUAAUGGAGAUGCACUUUAAAUAUAUGGAAUCUGUGCAGCUAGCAGACAAGAGGAUUGAAGGCGAGAAACAUGACAUUGUGCGUCGAGGAGAGAUACUGGAUGAUGGGAUGGAAGAUGAAUUCUACCUACGACGUCUUGAUGCAGGCCUUUUUGUGCUCCAACUCAUUUGUUACAUCAUGAUCGAAAUCUGCAACGCAGGGAUCCCACAGGUCCACCAGAGAGUCCAUCAGAUCUUGAAUUUGAGAGGAGGUUCCACCAAAGUUGUCCGUCAUAUCAUGAGGGAAUAUGUGGAAAACAUUGGAAAUGGGAAGAAUGAAGAGUUCAGAGAAAGUGAACACAGAAGAAUUAUGGAACUUGUUGAAAACUUCUGACAUGCUUAACAUGAAGUGGUUUUCUUUUUUUUACUUUGUUAGUGAGGAAAUGGAAAAAAAAAAUGCUUUAGGAAAUUUCACUGAUUUUGAACAGACAUUAGUACGGUGAGCUAGUCAUGAGCUGAAUACAGGAGAACAGAAGUAACCAGAUCUGUACACUGUAAUUACUUUUAUGAAUAAAACAAGUUUUGUAUUUGCCACAAAA